AAAUCGUCGCUCGCUGUGAUCACAGAGAUCCGGAAAAUGUUCCGCAAGUGCCUUGCCAGCUUGGCCCUGGGCCCCGCCGUGACUCCGCUCUCGCUUAACGUUGCGAUCCCAAGGAUCACAGGGAUUAUUGCUCCUGCAGCCAGCCAGCUGGUUCAGCGACGCACCGUCCACCAGCUGCCGGCCCAGGGUAGACCCCCCAAAAUUCUCAUCACAGGUGGUCUUGGCCAACUGGGCAUUGAGUGCGCCAAACUGCUGCGCUCGCAAUACGGCAGUCAGAAUGUAAUCCUUUCGGACAUCAUAAAGCCCAGCCCAGCGGUGCUGGAGAAUGGGCCAUACAUUUUCGCCGAUAUCCUGGACUUCAAGGGACUGCAGAAGAUAGUUGUGGACCAUCGCAUUGACUGGCUGAUCCAUUUCUCGGCCCUGCUCAGUGCCGUGGGCGAGCAAAAUGUGCCGUUAGCAGUGAGGGUCAACAUUGAGGGUGUGCACAAUGUCAUUGAACUGGCGAAACAGUACAAGCUUCGCAUUUUCGUGCCCAGCACCAUUGGAGCCUUUGGCCCCGACAGUCCCCGAAACCCCACACCAAAUGUUACGAUCCAGCGACCCCGCACUAUUUAUGGCGUUUCCAAGGUGCACGCCGAGCUGAUUGGUGAAUACUAUUACCACAAAUUUGGCCUGGACUUUAGAUGCCUGCGCUUCCCCGGUGUUAUAUCCAGCGAUCCACCAGGCGGUGGCACUACAGAUUACGCCGUUGCUGUUUUCCACGAUGCCCUGCGACAUGGUAAAUACACCUGCUACUUGCGUCCCGAUACACGACUGCCCAUGAUGUACAUUGAGGAUUGCUUGCGAGCCCUCCUGGAGUUCAUGAAGGCACCGAACGAGCAACUGAAGCGCCGCGUCUACAACGUCACGGCCAUGUCCUUUACCCCCGAGGAACUGGUGAAUCAACUGAGCAAGCAUGUGCCUAAUCUGCACGUGACCUACAAGCCGGACAGCCGGCAGUUGAUCGCGGAUGCGUGGCCAGAGGUGUUCGACGACUCGGAUGCCCGACGAGACUGGCACUGGCAGCACAAGUACGACCUGGCCCAUCUGGUGGACUUUAUGGUGAAGGAUGUCCAGGAGAACUACAUCAACGGGGACAACCAGCAGCAGCAGACGCUGCAGAUCUGACGGGUAUCGAAAAAGCAUAGUAACAGCCGUAUCUAGUAUUCCUAAGUACUAAUUUUCAAUUGCAUUUAACGUUGCAUUUAUCUAGUGUAUAGUAACACAAGAACACUGUAUCCUUUACCUUGGAAAAUACAUUAA